AUGUCUGGACGUGGCAAGCAAGGCGGCAAAGUUCGCGCCAAGGCCAAGACUCGCUCUUCUCGCGCCGGGCUCCAGUUUCCCGUGGGCCGAGUGCACCGCCUGCUCCGCAAGGGCAACUACGCUGAGCGGGUCGGGGCCGGCGCACCGGUGUACUUGGCGGCGGUGUUGGAGUACCUGACGGCCGAGAUCCUGGAGCUGGCGGGCAACGCGGCCCGCGACAACAAGAAGACGCGCAUCAUCCCGCGCCACCUGCAGCUGGCCAUCCGCAACGACGAGGAGCUCAACAAGCUGCUAGGCAAAGUCACCAUCGCUCAGGGCGGCGUCCUGCCCAAUAUCCAGGCCGUGCUGCUGCCCAAGAAGACUGAGAGCCACCACAAGGCCAAGGGCAAGUAAGGCCUCAAGAGCAACGCCUUCGAAACCAAAGGCUCUUUUCAGAGCCACCUACUUUUUCUGCGGAGGAGCUGGGACAGUAGUUUCAUUUAAUUCCAUUGUCAUUAUUGCCUGGGGAAAAGAAAUUACUUCAUGUAAUUAAUUUGGCAAGCAGUUUGAGCCACUUUUCGGACUCCUAGUCA